ACCAGGAUUUCCUAACGGAACAGGGCGAGAAACGAAAUAGGUGAAUUAAUGUGUUAAACGAUCUAGCAGACGAAGUUGUUUUCGUUAUGAAAAAAUCAUGAUGUCAUUCUCAUGUUCGACUUUUGUAUAGGCUGAUUUUAAACUCCACCUCCAGACUUUCACCCCUAAAAACUAUUUAGUCAGCCAUCACCUUAUUCUUCACCGCAACCGCACAUUUCAGUUGGUGAAGGGCACACAGAAUGACACAUAUUUCCAAAGUGAAGAAGCAAAGGAAAUAUUUUCGCCGUGAGUGGAGCCAACUGUUUAUUGGAAACUCAGAACUCGUUAUCUUCGACAAACAGUAGGUCAUCUGAGGUUCUGUAGACAGUCGUUUGUGAAGCUCUACUGGGACCUCCACAUGGCUUUACUGGAGGGACUUCUCCAGGCCCCCGGCUCAUUCACUCUGCUGGUUGCGGUGCUGUUGUUGCUGCUUGUCUGGCUUUACUCCUCCGGUGUCAGCAACCCAGAGAAAGGGAAGGAACCUCCAGGACCCAGACCACUGCCCAUCCUGGGUAACCUGCUGAUGCUGGAUCUGAAGAGACCCUACAUGACACUUUGUGAGCUCUCCAAGAAGUAUGGGUCUGUCUUUACCGUUUACUUUGGUCCUAAGAAAGUGGUCGUCUUAACAGGAUACAAGACUGUUAAGCAAGCGCUUGUGAACCAUGCAGAGGAGUUUGGGGAGAGAGAUAUCACCCCUUUAUUUCAUGAUCUCAACAAAGGACACGGGAUCCUGUUUGCCAAUGGAGAGAGCUGGAAGGAGAUGAGGCGUUUUGCCCUCAUAAAUAUGCGGGACUUUGGGAUGGGCAAGAGAGGGAGUGAGGAAAAGAUUCUAGAAGAGACUCAACGCCUUAUAGAGGUGUUUGAAAAAUUCGAAGGCGAACCCUUUGACACGACGCAGCCGGUGAACUACGCCGUCUCCAAUAUCAUCAGUGCUAUUGUGUACGGCAACAGAUUUGAUUACGAUGACCCCAAGUUUAAGGCCAUGGUCAAACGGGCCAAUGAAAACAUUCAGCUUACUGGCUCUCCGUCAGUUCAGCUCUACAACAUGUUCCCCUGGUUAAAACCCUGGGUGAAGAACUUGAAGCAAAUGUUGAAGAACUCUGAGGUGCACGUUAAGGAGAUGAAGAGGAUUAUCAACGGCCUCCAAGAGACACUGAACCCUCAGGAGCUGCGUGGCUUUGUGGACUCGUUCCUCGUCCGCAAGCAGAGUGCCGAGGAAUCUGGCCAAAAAGAGUCCCUGUUCCACGAGAAGAACCUGAUAUGCUGCGUGACCAACCUGUUUGCAGCCGGCACAGACACCUCUGGGACCACACUGCGCUGGGCACUGCUGCUGAUGGCCAAGUACCCCCAUGUUCAGGACAGAGUCCAUGAGGAGAUUGACAGGGUGAUUGGUGGACGACAGCCUGCAGUUGGGGACAGGAAAAGCCUGCCCUACACUGACGCAGUGAUCCACGAGAUCCAGAGAGUAGCCAACAUUGUGCCUUUAAGCCUUCCCCACACUACCAGCUGUGAUGCUUAUUUCCAGGACUUCUUCAUCAAAAAGGGCACCGCUGUGAUUCCUCUGCUCACCUCAGUCCUGAGAGACGAAUCUGAAUGGGAGCAGCCUUACAUGUUCCACCCGGAACACUUCCUGGAUGACCAGGGGCAGUUUGUCAAGAGAGACGCUUUUCUGGCAUUCUCUGCAGGGCGCAGGGCGUGUCUGGGCGAGGGUCUGGCCAGGAUGGAACUCUUCCUCUUCUUCGCCGCUCUUCUCCAACGCUUCCGUUACACUCCUCCUCCUGGCGUCUCUGAGGACGAGCUGGACCUCACACCAGCGGUGGGGCUCACUCUCAACCCCUCCCCCCACAAACUGUGUGCAGUUAGGAGGUCUUGAGGUCACAUGCUUCAACUACAGGAGGUGGCAAGAACAAGCUAUAUUGACAUGCACAGCAUAGCAGAAUUCAUGUUAGCUACAUUGAUAAAAAUGUCCACAACAUUUCUUUAAUAGUGAUAUACUUGCUGUGAAUUUCGUUAUGGUGAGAAUGCAGAUCAGAAAUGUAUUGUUCUGAAUAAAACUAUUAAGUUCUGAUAUCCUCAGAAAAGAAUCAUAAUGUGAGACCUGCCUUGCAUUAAUUCACUUUAUUGGUUCUUCACAAAGACUAGAUUGUUUUAGUUAGUUCUGAACCUCUAUAUUUGGAAUUAAGAACAUGUUAGCUGUAUUCUUGAAUCUCCUGCUCUGUAUAUGAGAAUCAAACACUGCAUUAAAGGUUUGAUCUUUUGUAA